UCUCACAUUUACACACACAAGCUAAGCUAAGCACUAGUACUGCUUAUUGUCUAAGCCAGAGAGGCCAGAGAGUGUUUCUGUAUCAGAAAGUGCAAUGUUACAGCCACUGAUAGGACUAAUGGGCUGUGGCAGCAAUAGCUACAUGUACAGAACAGUCUUGUGGUACCAGAUCAGAGGGUUUAUUUAGAUUCUGGUGCUAUUUCUUUCUCUUUUUUUCUGCGUUGUGCAGGGAGGAGGUCUGGACUCUGCAGACCGGCUCACAGCUCCUCUUUUAUUCCCUGCCCCUCUCUCUUUGCUCUGACAGAUCCAUGCUGAUAUCAGAUUGAUGGGCCGGUUUGAUUGAAGUCUCUUUGUCGUGGUAAUGUCACGGGAAGUGAUGGAUGAGGCGCGUGCGCCGGUGCUCGUUGCGCGCGCGCGUCAACUCCACUCCCGAACCGAAAGGAACAACCCUCCCCUCCUCCUGUAUACACACACACACACACACACACACACACACACAGUGGUUCCCUCGCUCCCGUGACCAGCUGACAAACUUCUGGCCCUCCGGUGACCACAGGCGCAGAGCCAGGAGUCGAGAAGUGACACGGAAGAGAAAGAGAGGGGGAGAGAGAGAAGGAGAGAGUUGGGAAAAGAGGGAAAAGCAGAGAAUUUCACGCAAAAAAAGACAGAAUGGAGGAAGACGCAGUGUAACCUGUGCGGAGGUGAAGAGGUGACUCGGCUCUUUUCUGUCCUCUCGCGUUGUUUUCCCGGUGUCACCGAUGAGCCUUCGGAGGCUACGCUCUGAGUUAUUGACGGCGUAAGGCCUUCCACGCAGACACACACGCAGACACUCACCCCGGCAGAGAACAUUACUCAUUCAUGUGGAGACGUGCAGCCUCCACUUGCUUUUCACCCUACAUUGGAAGGGUUAUUUUUUAAUUUUCGUUUUGCUGUUUUGUUUUUAUUUAUUAUUACAUAUAGCAUAUUUUUUUAAUUUUACGCAUUUUUCCAAAUUUUCACCAGUGCUGAAUUUUAUUUUUGGAGUUUUUGUUUUCUUUUUGUGUUUUUUUUAUGCUCCUUCCGAAGACUCUUGGAAAUCCCUACAUUUUUCGAUUUUUCAUGUUUUUCUCUCGCGUUUCUUAAUUUUAUUCGAGGUCUCGAGUUUCUUGGUGGUAAUUAGCUCAGUCACUUCAUCCACUCCCACGCUCCCUCAGGUCUGCAUGGACAACAUGAACUCCUUUGUGGAAUACUCCAUUUGCAACCGACCGGGGACCAGCUCUUAUUCUGCUCCCAAAUCUGGAUACCACCACCAUCACUUGCAUCACCACCACCUUCCCCUGGAUCAGCAUCAGGGAUUCCCCGUAACCACCGGCUCUCUCCACGCGGGCCUCGGCUCACCUGUUCCCGUCAACGGCACGCGAAGUGACAGCAGCUCCGGGGGAGCGAGUUACGCGGUGGAUGGAAGAAUGUACGGGAGCACCGGGGCGGACGCGGGCGGCGGAGGGCCGCACGGGUCCACGGCGGCGAGCCAGCAUCAUCAUCAGCAGCAUCCUGCUCACCAUCCCGAGCAACAGCAGCACCAGCAUACGCACAGCGGCUAUCAUAAUCCCCCCCACCUCCACCAGAACCUGAGCUUGCAGAGCGGAAUAUUACCCCCCUAUAAUAAUGGCAGUGGAAGCACUGGGGCCUAUACGAACCAAACGUGCUCCACAAACUAUGAGUAUGUUCCCUCAGCAGGCCCUCAGAACUCCGUCCACCACCAGUAUUUCCUCGAUGACUCCGUGGCUUCCACCUACUACCAUCAAUCAACCUUCUCCAGCUCGGCCCCCGCAGUAGGCCCCAGCUAUGGCGCUCUCGCCGGGGUCCACUGCGGGCCUCAGGGUGCUCUUGCCGGGUCACAGUACCCGCAGCAGAUCGGCGGAGGUCUGGACGCAUCGGGCUAUCAGGGGCUUCCACACGGAGGAGGCUACGGGGAGCUACCCUUAUCGCUGGAUGGGGUGAAGGGGGAUGAGGACGGCCAGCAGGCCGGGCAGGGGCAGACCUUUGACUGGAUGAAGGUGAAGAGGAAUCCGCCGAAGACAGUCAAGGUUUCAGACUUCGGCUUCGCGGGCACCCAGAACAACGCCAUGCGCACCAACUUCAGCACCCGGCAGCUGACCGAGCUGGAGAAGGAGUUCCACUUCAGCAAGUACCUGACGCGGGCGCGGCGCGUCGAGAUUGCCGCCACGCUCGAGCUCAACGAGACGCAGGUGAAGAUCUGGUUCCAGAACAGGCGCAUGAAGCAGAAGAAGCGGGAGCGGGAGGGCGCCUCCGCCGUGGCGCGCUCCUCCUCCUCCUCGUCCUCCUCCUCCUCCGCCUGCAAGGAGCUGGAGGACACCGACCACUCCUCCGCGUCCACGUCUCCGGGCGCGUCCCCGAGCUCAGAGACGUAGCGUGGAGAUCCGAAGGCUUGUGUUUGACACUUAGCUACUGAAUGCAUGGGUGUGCACAUUUCCUACACGUCCCAGAGUUCCUCGUGGUGGCCCAACCAGUCACCAGGACUUGCAGGUGCAACACCAUGUUACCUUAAUCAAAGCUUUCUUCUUCUAGCAUUUUUUAUCAGCUUUUUUCUUUCAAAUACACAAACUAAGGACAUUAAAUAGCACUAGAUCAGGGUACCAGACGUUAAUAAUAAAUAGGGCCUAUUACAAAGGUAACAGCACGAGUAAAGAUGCAUGGUUGGGAAUGUAAAAUGGACAUAAUGGUUCCCAACCUCUGAUUUCCGCUCCUACAGCGGUUCCCACACUAGGCCUCAACGGGGUCACAAGGCGUUUAAAGGAAUCUGCACAAAAGAAAAAAAUAAUAAUAAUCUUUUUGACCAAUUUAAGGCUGUGCUUUCAGAUGUUUACAUCUCCUUCCAACCCCCUUAAAAACUGUGAAUGAAAAACAACAUUGGUUAGAAUGUCUAAUGUCUAAGCUUUGCGACGGGGUGAAUUUUGCCUUAAAAAAGCGACUGCCUUAAAAGUUACAGGGUUUCUGAGGGGCUGGACCGCACCAACGGAGCCAUAUUUUCAAGGUUGCGUUUUAUAGUUAAACACUGGGUCAGAUAAUUGCUUCUAAAAACCUCAGGCAUUCUAACACACACACAUUGUUUUCAAGAGUUUUAGCAUGAUAGGAUUCAUCAUCGGCCACAAGAAUCUACGUCUAUUAUGAUGAUGAUGAUGAUGAUGAUAGGAUGCACUUUGGCAUCUUAUAUGAUGUCUGAACAACAGGGCUUGACUAGGAUUGGGGCUCGUGAGGUGGACAGAGCAUAUUUUCUGCAGAUAAUUAGUAAAAUAAAAUAAUUUUAUCACAUUGGAAAACACAAAAUUCAACAGUUUUCCAAAUUUCUGUCAUAGCUUGAGGUUAAACGCCACCCGAAAAGCUUCUUGACCGGUGUGAAUGGAAAUCAAACUGCAAGAAAAGCUGGUCCGUCUUUAACCCAUGUAACCAGUCCGACCGGAGCCUGAACAAAUGAGCCUUAUAUCAGGAAUACAGGGAGCCUCUAAUGGCAAAAACACACUUGAGUCUUCAUAGCUGUAGCUAUUUUGGUUCCAUUUUUAAUAUAUACACUAUAUAUAUAUGAUUACCUUUGAAUUUUUUUGAAUGUUGUCUGUUUUUAUCAACUCUGGCCUUUGCACUACUUGACUAUCGGGUACCGUUUUCAGACAAAGCGCUCAGAAACGCAGGUUUGCAGAUGGUGAUGGGAAGUUCCUUUGGAGUGAGCGGGUUCAAGUGUGCACGGGAACGUGAUUUAGGAAAAACUACUGAGGACGACUCUCGCCCCUGGAGAAUAAAUUAUUGACUGCGUUUCAUGUUAUAGAUUUUAGAUCAUGAAAAGGUGGGACAUUUUUCUUGUUACUACUGAAAAAACUUUUUUUUUUUUUACUCCCAAAUCUGAAUUGAAUCUUAAAGGAAGCCAUGUUUGUAGUUCAGAUCACCUCCUUGAAACAGCUCGUCUGCACGUUACUCAGGAGUAAAUGUCUUCAAGUGCGUGAUAUUGUGUUGGCCUCUGCUGUGAAUUGAUGACGAUGUGAUUUACAUGUGGCGUUUUAAAUGAGAGCAGGCUGAGUUUUAUUAGUUCUGCUGCCCUGAAGAUUCUCCCAAUCAUGUUCCUGUCUGUCUUUUUUUUUCUACUUUGAGCUACCUCAAUUAAAUAUUCUUGUGUCAAUCCA